ACUGGUGGCGCCGGUUCUUCACUCGGUCUCGCUAAGUCUGACACGAACAAAGAAGGAAAGAAGCUCGCAAUCAUGUCCAUCUCCGACUCUGGCCCCUCUUCGGUCUCAUGCCAAAGAUUACAAGGGAAGGUUGCCUUGGUCACUGGUGGAGCAACUGGGAUCGGAGAGAGCAUCGUGCGUUUAUUCCACAAGCAUGGUGCGAAGGUUUGUAUCGCCGACGUGCAAGAUAACCGGGGUCAUCAGGUCCUGGAGUCUCUUGGUGGGGAAUCUACAGUUUCCUAUGUGCACUGUGAUGUCUCCCUUGAAGAUGAUGUUCGCCGUGCAGUCGAUGAAACAGUCAGUAAAUUUGGUACACUCAAUGUGAUGGUCAACAAUGCCGGGGUAUCCGGCCCGCCAUGUUCGGACAUCCGUAAUGCAGAACUGUCCGAUUUCGAGAAGGUGUUCGACAUAAAUGUGAAAGGGGUUUUCAUCGGAAUGAAGCAUGCCGCCCGUGUUAUGAUCCCGCAGAAGAGCGGCAUCAUAAUCUCUCUAAGCAGUGUUAAUAGUGUCAUAGGGGGCUUGGGCCCACAUGCGUACACCGGGUCCAAGCAUGCUGUUUUGGGGCUGACACGGAAUGUAGCAGCCGAGCUAGGAAAGCAUGGGAUACGCGUGAACUGCGUCUCUCCCUAUGCAGUUGCGACGGGCCUGGCAUUGGCUCAUUUGCCCGAGGAGGAGCGGACUGAAGAUGCCAUGAUGGGUUUUCGCUCCUUCGUCACUGGGAAUGCCAACUUGGAGGGAGUCGAAUUGACAGCAGGGGAUGUGGCGAACGCGGUCCUCUUUUUGGCCAGCGACGACGCGAGGUAUGUGAGCGGGCUUAAUCUCAUGGUCGAUGGGGGUUUCACAUGUUCUAAUCACACUUUAGGAGUCUUCAGAUGAUCAAUUGGGGACUUAUCCACUGCACAUACCAUGCUGUACUUGCCUAAAUUGUGGUCACUUGGAUACUGGUGGGUUGUAUCAUCAGAGAUGGAUCAAGAACAACUGGGUGUACUGGAUUUUAUUAUGGCCAAGGGAAUUAAUUAGGCUUUUUU